CAGUUUGUUCACAACGGCCAUAGAGAACAGACGCUCCUGCGUUCGCAAACGUCAGUCCCGCGCGCGCUUCGAAAUUCGAAAAGUGACAGUUCGUUUUUUUAAAUGUAAAUUCCGUUCGAACUGUCUGUGUUUCUUUUUUUAUUUUACGUGAACAAUGAACAGAUAAGAAAAGAUUUAUUUUCUUUGACAUUGUGAGAAAGAAAUAUAUUGAACUGAAUAACUAGUUUUGUAUUAGCAUUUUCUUAAGACCCUUUUGACUGUGUUUAGUGUCGUCAAAAGCUGCCAUGACUAACACUAAACAUUUGUUGGUGUUCUUCGCGUUGAUAUGCGCGUGCGCGGCGUACUGGGGUCCAGAUUUACCUCCAGGACCGUAUUGCGGCAAGACAAACGGUUGCUGCAACGACAGGCAAGAUUCAUGCUCCCAUAGGAUACUGAAUACACUAUGUUACUGCGACGAGUUCUGCAAUCGAACUCGAGCACACGACGAUUGCUGCCCGGACUACGAGCCCGUAUGCCUCGGCUUAUCCCCCGGGAACCUAAUGCUUCCAUGCCAGCACAAUGGCAAAAGCUACUUCCCGGAACAGACGAGGACUGAAGACUGCAACUUAUGUGAAUGCGUGAAGGAUCCGAUCACUAUGAACACGGAUUGGCACUGCGAGGAUGACCCCUGUUUGAUGAGCAAUUCCGUGGUCGAGGGUGUCAACAGAGGCGGAUCCAGCUGGAGGGCAUACAAUUACCCUGAGUUCCGUAACAAGAAACUUAAAGAAGGACUCAUAUACAAACUUGGUACAUUCCCAUUAAACGCGGAGACGAGACGGAUGGGUCCUCUGCGGUACGACAAAGACGUACCUUACCCAACACAAUUUGACGCGAGGACAAGAUGGCCAGGAUUCAUCUCACCUAUUAUCGAUCAGGGCUGGUGCGGUUCCGAUUGGGCGGUGUCUCUUGCUGGCGUUGCUUCUGACAGGUUCGCCAUCCAAUCAAACGGUGCUGAGAACAUGGUGCUAAGUCCACAGACUUUACUCUCUUGUAACAUAAGAGCCCAACAAGGGUGUCAUGGAGGACAUAUUGAUGUCGCCUGGAACUUCGCUAGAGGUCAUGGAUUAGUGGAUGAGAACUGCUUCCCAUACAAGGCGUCUGUCACCCGGUGUCCGUUCAGACCACGUGGUAACCUGAUACAAGACGGUUGUGUGCCGCUUGUGAAGAGACGCACCUCCAGGUACAAGGUCGGCCCGCCAGCCAAGCUCAGCCACGAGAAAGACAUCAUGUACGACAUCAUGGAAUCAGGACCAGUACAGGCCGUGAUGACGGUGUACCAGGACUUCUUCCACUACCGCGACGGCGUGUAUCGCCGCAGUUACCAUGGCAACAACGAACUGAAGGGCUUCCAUAGCGUGCGUAUCAUCGGCUGGGGAGAAGACCGUGGUGACCGGUAUUGGUUGGUCGCCAACAGUUGGGGUCGUCAGUGGGGCGAGAAUGGGUACUUUAGAAUCGCACGCGGCUCUAACGAGGCAGAUAUCGAGUCUUUCGUGGUGACUGGCCUCAGUGACGUCACUGAAGCGAACCAGAAAUAACAGAGGCCCGACAGUGGGCUCAUCACGCCGCUCUGUGUCGUGGGCAAAACGGUGUGGACAAAACAUGGUGUCGUGGUAUUAAAUAGUACGAGGAACUUUGGAUAGUGAGAUUUGAUUUUUUUUGUACGCGAUAAACUCAAAAACUACUGAACCGAUUCGAAAUUUUCUCUCAUCUAUAGAUAGCUGGUUUACCAACGAGUGACAUAAGAUAUUUUUUUUACUU